CCAACAAAAGGCUCAUUAUAGACAGUGGUUGAGCUACUUAUCGCUCACCAGCGCCACCUAAACAUCAUAAUUGCCAACGCCUCUUAACCGGAGUCUGACACUAACGACGAUGUCUUUAAUAAUUCUGUCUGCCUCCAUUGCUUCUCAGAUCUGCUUGGGUUCCUUUUCCUCUCUCUAAUGGCACUCCUCAAGCGACUAUACCUCUCCAUCUACAACUGGGCGGUAUUCGUUGGAUGGCUUCAGGUAUUGGUUCUGACAUUAAAGACACUAAACGAAUCUGGCCAUGAACGAGUCUACAGUGCCAUGGAAAGGCCUCUAUUGUGGGCUCAAACCGCCGCAGUGUUGGAGAUUAUUCAUGGUCUAGUGGGAUUGGUGAGGUCUCCUGUAACAGCUACACUGCCACAAAUAGGUUCUAGGUUGUAUGUAACAUGGGGUAUUCUAUGGAGUUUCCCUCAGGUCCAGACCCACUUUUUCGUUAGCUCUUUGGUUAUCAGCUGGUCCAUAACAGAGAUUAUUCGCUAUUCCUUCUUUGGAAUGAAGGAGGCACUUGGUUUUGCACCAUCAUGGCUCUUAUGGCUUAGGUAUAGUUCCUUUUUGUUGAUGUAUAUAACUGGCAUCUCCAGUGAAGUUGGUCUGAUAUAUCUUGCCCUGCCUUACAUGAAGGAGUCCGGAAAGUAUAGUUUAAGGAUGCCCAACAAAUGGAACUUCUCUUUUGAUUACUUCUACUUUGCAUUUCUCGUUCUCGGUAUCUAUGUCCCAGGGAGCCCUCACUUGUAUGGCUACAUGCUUGGGCAAAGGAAGAGAGCCCUUGCAAAAUCCAAAAGGGAAUAAGGGCAGCAGCAAUAUGUUAUAAUGUUAUAUAUCGUUUGAGUUAUUGUAAUCUUGUGUAGCAAUUGUAACAAACUUGAAUCGAAAGGUUUGGAACAUGCAGACAGUUAAAAAAUGAAUUAUGGGUUUGACACUGCCUACCCAUAUUUGGCUUCGAAGACCUUUGUUAAUGUUAGUUCAACAUUAUGCGCCAUCUUGUUGUAAAUCCCCAUCGUAUGUGAUAUUGGGAUUUGUUUAGUGAGACUGGAAAGAAUGAUAUAGAAUCUGUAGGAGAGUAUCAGAGAUUUGGGUGGA